AUGAAAAAAUAUGAUUCGAAUUCUGUUGCAUCACAAAAGGAGGUACCUGCUCUAGAGUCACAACAAAUGACCCAGAAAAUUAGUAGCGUACCCAACAAGAAAAGGGAUCUUCCAAGAACCGUGGAAAGAAAACCUUUUGUACCUCGAUUCCGGAUGUGUCUUGAAACACUUGUGGGAACUUCAUAUUUGAUGAAUGGUGCUACUCGUCAGAUGGAUAUGGAGGAGGGAAUAUUUGGUUUUUCUUGCUCCGAAACAAUUGCCAAAGAGGAAAUGGAACAGAUUUUUCAGCAUACAGAAUUAGGCAUCAGUGUUGUACACUCAUACAUCCGUGUAAACGAAGCGUCAAUUGUUCAGGAUCCAGAUUCACUGAGAUAUCACUUAGUUGAGAGAUUUAUGGCCAUCAAUACAAAAAGCUUGUAUCUUUUACCGUAUAAUAUUAUUCCUGUGGGACGUCACUGGCUGUUGGUUGUUAUUGAUCGUUUCAAAGAAGUGGUGUAUUAUCAGAAUUCGGUAGAUGGUGAGUGGAAAAAUUAUCCAGAUAUGAAAUCAAUACAAAUAUUCCGCUCUCAAAGAAAAGCUCGAGUAUCACGGUCUAGAUCAAGCAACAUUACAUGGAUCAAAGUGGAGUGUGCUCAACAGCGUAACAAUAUAGAUUGCGGAUACUUUGUUUUGAGGUUUAUGAAAGAAAUCCUUCAUUUGAAUCUAAUAGAGAUUCUAAUCACGUACUUUGAUGAAUACAAGUGUGCUCUUUUCACGAAAAAUCAAUUGGAAGAAAUCAAGGAGGAAUUGUGUGAAUACUUUAUUGACUGUCCGCUCGUUAGAUUUUGGCAAUUUCGGGUUGAUUUUGUUAGGGCUGAUUUAGUUAUUGUUAGGCCGGAUGACUUUGUUAUUGUUAGGGCUGAUUUUGGUUCUAUUGCAAACAUGUGA